AUGGGCAGUCUGCCGAGCAUAUCUUUUGAAACCGGUCUUCGGGAACUGGAUUAUAUAACGAAUAGAACCCUUCGCUUGCCCACUACUCUAGCGGAGGUCAAGGGCGAGGGGGAAAUCAUCGCUGGGAAUAUACGAGGUUACCAAGGGAUCGUUCCUCCCCGUACGAAGCUCGACAAGGCUCGGGAAAUAUGUCUACGAAAUCCCCGUGAAGCGGCCGAUUCCGACCCUCCCACCCGCCGGUUCCCGACACAUGGGCUGAUGAAGGGUGGUGUGAUGGAGGGAGGGCAGAUUCAUGCUUCUGAUGCCCCCUCUCUUUUGCUCGCCCUCGGCUUCCCGAGCGAGUGCCAUCUCGGCAUCUUAGCCCCCAACUGGCCAGAACCUGAAGUCUCGAGCGGCCAGACGGUCACCCUCAUUGGAUCGGCUAGGGUGCCACCCCCCGCGAGCGUGUCGAGCCAGGAGCCACCCGUUGAAGACUGCGGAGUCGCGGGCCCAUCAUGGUCUAGCGGAUCGCGCUACUGCGGCUGGGAUUAA